CUCCAUAGCACCAACAACGCUAGGACUGAAGGAUGGGAAUUCUUGGAGAGUUUCAUUUCAUUGUUUUCUAUGUUCUUCUAUUACCUUCCUUGGUUUUUUCAUUAGACCCACCAUUUGCUUGUGAUGCUUCAAACCCAUCCACCAAGUCCUUUGCCUUUUGUGAAACAACAUUAGCCAUUGACAAAAGAGUGGAUGAUCUCAUUUCACGCUUAUCCUUGGAGGAGAAGAUAGCUCAACUGGGUGAUAGUGCCCCUUCAAUCCCCCGGCUCGGCGUGCCGGCCUAUGAAUGGUGGUCUGAGUCACUUCAUGGGGUAUCGAAUUGGGGCCGUGGCAUGCACUUCACUGGCCCCAUUCGUACUGCAACAAGCUUCCCUCAAGUCAUACUCACUGCAGCAUCCUUCAAUCCCCAGAUUUGGUAUCAAAUCGGGCAGGUUAUCGGAACCGAGGCCCGGGCGAUUUACAAUAAUGGCCAGGCACAAGGGUUAACAUUCUGGGCACCAAACGUCAAUAUAUUCCGGGAUCCCAGAUGGGGAAGAGGCCAAGAGACUCCUGGCGAGGACCCGGUGACAGCAAGCAAGUAUGCAGCCUCUUUUGUCAGGGGAAUGCAGGGUGAUUCCUUCGAAGGGGGAAGCGCUGCAGAGCUCAAGGCUUCAGCUUGCUGCAAGCACUACACUGCAUAUGAUAUGGAUAAUUGGGGUGGCAAAUCUCGAUUCACAUUCGAUGCCAUCGUUUCAACUCAGGAUUUGGAGGACACUUACCAGCCUCCUUUCAAAAGCUGUGUGGAAGAAGGUAGAGCCAGUUGUAUCAUGUGCUCAUACAAUAGCGUCAAUGGAGUCCCAACAUGUGCUGAUUCCAAUCUCUUGUCUAAAACAGCAAGGGACACUUGGGGAUUAUAUGGAUACAUUGCCUCAGACUGUGAUGCAGUUGCCACCAUCCGUGGUGCUCAUGUCUAUGCUAAAACGCCAGAAGAUGCAGUUGGAGAUGCUCUCAAAGCUGGAUUGGAUUUGGACUGUGGCAACUACGUGCAAACAUAUGCUAUGUCUGCUGUCCAACAAGGAAAACUAUCUGAAGAGGACAUAAACCGAGCUCUGCGCAACCUGUUCUCCACCAGAAUGAGGCUGGGGCUCUUCAAUGGAAGUCCAGCAUACCAACUCUACAGCAAUAUCGCCCCAAGCCAAGUCUGCACGCAAGAGCAUCAGGACUUGGCCCUGGAAGCAGCCAGAGAUGGCAUCGUUCUGUUGAAGAACUCUGUCAACACCCUUCCUUUGUCUAGAUCACAAGUUACAUCCCUUGGUGUGAUUGGCCCGAAUGCGAACAGUGUUAUGAAACUUAUUGGUAAUUAUGCGGGGCCUCCAUGCAAAUACAUCACUCCACUUCAGGUAUUGCAGAGCUAUGUUAGGGACACCAGAUACUUGUCUGGGUGUGACACUGCUGCUUGCAAUCCAAGUUCCCUCAAUGAAGCAGUCCAAUUGGCAAGCUCAGUAGACUAUGUGGUUAUGUUCAUGGGGUUGGAUCAAGAUCAGGAGAAGGAGGGGCUUGAUAGAGUGGACUUGGUUCUCCCUGGAAUGCAGCAAACCCUCAUCACCAGUGUGGCAAGAGCAGCGAAAAGGCCUGUGAUCUUGGUGCUGUUAUGUGGAGGUCCGGUAGAUAUCACAUUUGCCAAGUAUGAAGAGAAAAUUGGAAGCAUCUUGUGGGCUGGUUAUCCUGGUGAGUCUGGUGGACUGGCUAUUGCACAGGUUAUUUUUGGAGAACAUAACCCAGGGGGAAAAUUGCCAGUCACUUGGUAUCCACAAUCAUUUACAAGUGUUGCCAUGACCGACAUGAGGAUGAGGGCUGACCCUGCCUCUGGAUACCCAGGCCGCACCUAUCGAUUCUACACCGGCAAACCUGUGUUCGAAUUUGGUUACGGCCUCAGCUACUCCAAUUAUUCUUAUGAAUUCAGUGCUGAAUCUGAGAACACAAUUUACAUGAACAAAUCAAUCAGUCUUGAUUCUUUCAAGAUGUCAGACUCUUCAAGCUAUGACAUAAAAAAGAUGGGCUCGCAAGCAUGCAGGAAGCUCAAAUUCUCAACAGUUGUUGGAGUUAAGAAUCAUGGACCAAUGGAUGGAAAGCAUCCAGUGUUGCUUUUCCUGCGCUGGCCUAAUGUCCUGCAUGGGAGACCUAUGAAACAGUUGAUAGGAUUCCAAAAUGUGCACUUGAAGGCUGGGGAAAGAGCUGAUGUCAAAUUUGUUGUGAGCCCAUGCAAGCACCUCAGUCGAACCAACAUAGAUGGUACAAAGGUGUUGGACCAGGGAUCUCAUUUCUUGGUGACUGGAAAGCAGGAAUAUCAGAUCAGCAUCAUGGCAUGAACUGCUUGUGAGACAGUUCAAAAACUCAGUGAUAUGCAUUCUUCUUAUAAAACCAUAGCAAAAUCCAGAUCUUUUAAGGUGUAGCUCAUGGAAAUGCACUUAAGAGUUCUCUUCCAAACUAGCAUCCAAAUGAAAAAUAAAUGCUGUCUUAGUGAAGCAACAACUCCCUUCAAGAAAAAGAUUUUUUUAGUGAGAUUUAGAGCAUAGCAUGUCGCGGAGAGAAUGUAUCUUUCAGAGAUUUUAAGAAAUCAAUGUAGUGCACAAUUAGUUUCUCUUUCA